CUUUUUUGAGUGCUAUAUUAUAACGUAGCAUCCAGUUGUGUCGUUAUUUGUGUCCUUAACCGUGAUGUCCCCCCCCCCCCCCCUCUCUUUUCCUGUUCUUUUAAUAAAUUGCCGUUAUUUCUGACCAAAAUCCAAGUAGAUAGGCUUCCAACUUGAUACAUUAUUGUGCUUGGCAAAAACGUAUCUGGUUAUAUUCAUUUCCCGAUACGCACCUGGAUUUGGGCACAUUUUGUUCGUGUUUUUGGUGGCUCUUCUUAAGUUUGGUGAGUUUGUUGAAGCAAUCUUUUAGGGAGGAAAGGAGAAAACGAGGAAAACACUGCACGGGUAAGCUUUAAACAGAAUAACGCAGAAUUAUGGACACCACACAAUCCUGAGAGACAGAAUUUUGAACGUGAGUGGUUGAUCAAAGGUCGUAUCAAUCUUUAACCCUCUUUAUGGUGAGUUGCAGUGUUUGUGUGGGGCCACUGUUGAUGGUAAUCGUAGGGCUCUUGUUUGCUUGUGCAGGACACAAUGACAGUCUUUAACACUGAACAGUUGAAGGUGGACAAAACAAGCCACCAAAAUGAAAGGUCCUUAGAUUUUCUAGAUGAUCCAGCUGAGAUAGCUAGAGAGCUGAAAGCAAAACAGAAGUGAAUGAUAGAUAUUUGAAAUCGAAGACACCAGAGCUAUCAUUUAGUUUGUUUCGUUGCUAAACCCUAUCCCUCCAUUACAAUUUGCAGCACUUGAACAAAAUUGUAGAUGUAAAGACAUGAGAUCAAGGAUACGAUGCAUGACAGGACACAUAAACAUGAUGCCAGUUUCAAUCAGUAGAGCAAGUGGUUGUGGGCUCAAUGGUACUUCAUUCUUUAAGAAACUUACACAAGGACAAGGAAAUAGAAACCAACUCAUGGAUAAGUAGUAGGAAAUAAAACAACUAAUUAUUACUCAAGUGCGCGGAAUCUGAGAAUUUUAGCGUCGCAAGUCUGUAGUGACAGAAUGAUGCACGGAUAAUCACAAAACAGAAACAGAGUGAUGCCCUAGAUAGUAGAUAGGUAGAUCAACUACCACAGUAAGGUCAAUCUAUGAUUUCCCACCACCAAAGCAGUUAUUUAUGCUUCAUCUGAAUUUGAUUUCACCAAACUGUUCCUUUUCAGUACGAUGUUUUAGCCACACGGAGUUACUUUGUUUGGCAUGAAGUUAUCCAAGUAAAUUCAUGUUGAGGUGACAGCCUAAUAUGGCCAAACAUGAUUUUCAUCUGACCAUUAAAGUUAACUAGACAUCACGCCAAUCACCAUCACGAUAUGCAGAUCACACAUUAUUAGUGCAGAUACAGUAGCUGUACAAUGAAUGCAGGAUAAAAAGAAGGAAGAGUCAUAGCUUAGAUUUUACAAAGAAAGCUUGCUUUUUUGCUUGGACAUGGAAGAUCACUUCUCUCCUUGUUGGCCUGCUGCUCCUGCAGAGGCAAACUGGGUUCAAACAAGUGCUGCAGUAUAUGAUGAGUCCUUUUUAGUGCCAUGCCCAUCUCAUGCCUCUGCUUCUGCCAACUUUCAAGUUAAUGGAUUCCCUUCGUGGUCUAUACCGAUUCAGGAGGCUUCGGAGAAUAAAGCUGCUUCUAAUUCCAAGAGUCAUAGCCAAGCUGAGAAGCGGCGCCGGGACAGGAUUAAUGCACAGCUGGGAAUUCUUAGGAAACUCAUUCCCAAAUCAGAAAAGAUGGACAAGGCAGCUCUGCUAGGAAGCGCGAUUGAUCAUGUGAAGGAUCUCAAGCAAAAAGCAACGGAAAUCAGCAGAACUUUCACAAUCCCAACUGAAGUUGAUGAAGUAACGGUUGAUUGUGAUGUUUCUCAAGCUACAAACCCUUCUAGCACCAACAAAGACAAGGACAGCACGUUCAUCAGGGCUUCUGUUUGCUGCGAUGAUCGGCCAGAACUGUUUUCGGAGCUCAUUCGAGUGCUCAGGGGCCUUAGACUAACCAUUGUUAGAGCCGAUAUUGCCAGUGUAGGUGGAAGGGUUAAAAGCAUACUAGUACUUUGCAACAAGUGCAGUAAAGAGGGAGGUGUUUCAAUCAGCACUAUUAAACAGUCACUUAAUCUUGUUUUGAGUAGAAUUGCUUCAUCAUCAGUGCCAUCAAAUUAUCGUAUUAGAAGCAAGAGGCAGAGGUUCUUUUUGCCUUCUCAUCUGUCACAGCAAUAUACAUAAUCAGAUAUAUUGAAAUUUCUUUUUUUCUAA